GGAUCAGCUGCGGGUAAGUGAAGCUAUCUUCGUCCAAUCAGGGGAGAGCGCGUGGUCUCACCGUUUGCACUGUUAGAUCCUGUAGCGCCGCUAUCGGUGUUGUUUCCUAUAGUUUCAGCAUCCAUCAGACUCAGACAGGCAGACAUGAGCAGCAGGAGCCGUAGGUCCAGUCUCAGGUCAAAGAGUCACUUUAGCUCAAGACGAUUUUCCAGAGCAUCUCUACGGAAGCCUGCAUGGACUAAAGAGGAAGAUGAAAUUCUACGCCUCCUGGUGCAGGAAUUUGGUUCCAACAGCUGGUCUGCAGUGGCUCUGCAUUUUGAAGGUCAGAGGUCACAGAUGCAGUGUCAGCGUCGUUGGCACCAGAUCAAAAAUCCAGAGCUAAUCAAAGGGCCCUGGACUGUUUAUGAGGAUCAACAGGUCACAGAGCUUGUUCAGAGGUAUGGCACUAAGCGCUGGUCGCUCAUUGCCAAACACCUGCACACCCGAAAUGGGAAGCAGUGCCGCGAGCGCUGGCACAACCACCUGAACCCAACAGUAAAAAAGAGCAGCUGGACUUUGGAGGAGGACCGCGUUGUGUGCCAGGCGCACAGCCUGCUGGGAAACCGUUGGGCGGACAUUUCGAAACUGCUGCCUGGCAGGACGGACAACGCCAUCAAGAACCACUGGAACUCCACGCUAAAGAGGAAGGUGGAAAAGGAGGGCUACCUGCAGUUCUUGAAUCUGCACAGCUCCUCUUCCAUGUCUGCACCCUGGACCUGCAACCCCUCAAUCCCAGCCAAUUUCCCCAUCAAGGCUGACAAACUGAGAGGGGGGAUGGAUGAGUGCUGCUGCCCCUCCAGUCAACACAGCAUGUAUAGGCCCCAUACAAACUUCACCCAUCUCUACUCGGCCUGUACCCCCACCUUCUCCUCAGGAUACAGUUCGUCCCUGAGCGCUUGCAAGUUAGCGUCGUCUGCAGAGCUGACGGAGACGAACUCAGAGAUGUGGUGCUGCGAAUUAGAGGCGGGCUCCUCCCAUCAGGACCUUCACCCCAUGUUGCUCUGCAGCUGUCCGGAGCAGCAGCUCACCAACAGCGGCCAGCAGAUUGUUGAUGUUGUCGGUGAAGUGGAGGAACUGAUGCACACCGAAGAAGGCACCUCCUUUCUGGACUCCUCUUCCUGCAGGGGGGCACACUGUAUGCGUGAGGUGAGCAACCUGGAGCCACUUCAUCCAGCUCUCACCUCCACCCCCCUUUGCUCCUUCAAGCACCCCUGCAGAAGGGAGAAUGACUGCGUGCACUGCAGCCAGACCAGCCGGUCUGUCUCAGUUCUCUGUGCUGCUGCAGGCAGGUCAGAUCAGAGCUCGGAAGGUGCAGCUGUGUGCAGGACUCCAACACCGAUUCAAGAGCGCAUCCAAGCACUACUCAGGAGUGCUCCAACAACACCAACACCCCUGAAGAUCAGGGAGCUACAAAACGAGGUCUCAGAGUGCUCAGGUGGGAUGAUGAAUUUGAUGAUGGACAAACAAAACAUCAGUGAUAACUGUCAGAAGUCCAGCAGCCCCUCACAGGCUCAAAAUGGCUCUGUGCUCCUCUGUGAGGAGCUGGACUGCUUUCCUCUGGACGGACCGGUGAAGGUGUGGUGGUGCAAGGAGCCCGUCACAUUUUUGGUCAGUUCCAAAGUCAAAGGUGAACCCACCAGCCCACUGAAUGAUGUAGCUCACCUGUGAGGUCAGCUGACCACGAUGCUCCAAUCAGGAGUUGUCUCUGACUGAAUUCCUAGGACCUCAUCGGAUUUGAUUUAUUGAUUUCUUAAGCAGUUUGAAACUUGCACUUUAUUCCUUGAAUGUAAUGUUUACAUAUUUUAUUGGUUAUUUAGUCAUUUAUUAGUCAGAAGAUAUAUUUGAAAUAACCUUGUGUAUAAUUUAACACAUUAUUUUGCUGUUUCAUUUGUCAAGGAGCAGAAAACAUUAAUUUGUGUGUUUCUGUUGGAUCAAAUGCAGUUACAUUAUUUAUUUCUUGUAAAAAAUAACUCCUUGAAAACUUCUCACUGUUGCAUUUUGGAUCAGAACCGAUCAGUUUUUCCUUUUUAACCGAGAACCAGACACAAGAUUUAAUGAACUUUACUGAACUCAGUGUGACUUUGCUGCCUUAUGUAUGAAUGUUUUCUUAAGUGCUCUUGAAAUCCAAAUCUGCACUUAAAUAUUUGCAAUAUUUGUACGAGGAUUUUUAUCUCUGACUAACAGGAUGCUGUGAGUUUAAACUGUCAGAUUUAGUUUUUCAAAUUAAACUGUCAGAAAUAUACUUGUCAAAAUAAAGUGACACAUUAAACCUAUCUGGUCAUGUCA